AUGUCUUCGAAAAAACGGAAAAUGCUUGAUAUAACAAUUGCACCUCAAAAAUUAAAUGAAUUUCGUGAAUCUUUUCAAGGCACAUUCGAAACUUGUGAUGCUACAGCAUAUGCAGAACAUAUAGCUCAAGAUACUGAAGGAAUAUCAUCAAGUAAAGUUUCAGGAAAACAUUUAGGACGUACAAUAUCACGUAAUGAAUCUUAUGAGGAAUUACCUUUUCGUCUAAGAUCGUUAGAAAGAUGGCAAAAUGAACGUUUAACAUCGAAAAAACUUGGUGGGCGAUUAGAACAAGAAAGUACACAAAUACAAUCAUCAUUAAAUGAUAAUGAAACAUCACGAACAGUUUGGUUAAAAUUUGAAGCAGAAAAAAAUCUAAAUGAUGCUGCAUAUCAAUUAAUACGAUUACGUAGAAAACUUGGUCUUCCAACACAAUUACCUAUUCAUGGACCAGAUGGUAAACAAGCUCUUGAACGACAUCUUAAAAAAGCUGAAAAUGAACAAUCUUCACAUGCAGAUGCAAAUAGUAUCUUCUAUUAUUGUUUAUUAACUGGUCGUCAUAAACAUUAUUCACCUUAUAAUCCAUAUGAAUUAGAAAUACAACCUAAUGGAGUUGAAGCACUGGCAUCAUCAUCUUAUUGGACAAUGUCUGCAUUUAAUAUAACACACGUUAAUCAAUUAGAUCAAUCUGAGACAACUAUUACUCCAGCUUUACUUUGGCUAUGGGAACGAUAUAAAUAUAAUUAUUUAAUUAGUCAUUUCUCAUGUUUUGUCAAUUUUCGAAAAUGGCGAACAUUUCGGUGUUGGUGGGCUAAUGUUCAAGAAGAAAAACGUCAACAAACACUUGCUGUUCUUUAUCGAAAACUUUUUUAUGCCAAUGAAAUUCUUCAAGGUGUUUUUAUACAUGUUAAAGCUAUGUGUGAAGUUUAUUAUUAUGGACAAGCAAAUUAUGUACAACCAUUUUGUUUACUUGAUCGUCAUGCAUAUCAAGAAACAUUAACACUUCAAGAAUUUAGUCGACGACAAUUUCUUCAAAUGAAUACAACAGUUAUUAAAUUAACAAAAUUUCUUGAUCAAGUUGCAGUUCUAGCAGCUGAUGCUUGUCAAAAAGCUGUUGAAUUAGAAGGUAUACCUAUGGAAGCCUUAGCUGAUCCAAGUCUUUAUCGUCGACCCAAAGAAGAAGAAGAAGCUGAACAAGCAACACAAACUUUUCUUGAAUCAAAACAAAAUCGAACAUCAAUUUUACGUGAUGUCAAUAUAAGAGUAAAAACUAAACGAAAUGCUGGUCCAAGUUUUGCGAUACGUAAGCAUUGGCGUGAUACAUUAGUACGUUUAACAGAAUUUUUACGUUUAUUGGAUUAUAUUAUUCUUGAACUUCUUCGUCGUCUUGUUAAAUCAGCUGUACGAGAUUUACUUAUUCAUUUACGUGAAUCAUAUUGUGUUGAAUUUGAACUUGCUAAUCAAGCAGAAAAUGACGAGGAAGAUGAUAUUCAAUUUAAGCCAGCACGUCAAAAAUCAGCUGUAUCAUCAACGAGAAGUUUUCGAACUAAACAACAACAUCGAUCAGAAUCAUAUACAACUUAUCAAACAAUUCGAACAAAUCUUAAUUCGGAAUUAUCAAAUAUUAAAGAAUCAACAGGACGUCCAAGUAAAUUAUCAGCACGAACAUCUGAAACACAGACACCAACUAUUGAACCAGGAAUGAGAAAUAUAGAUAAUGAAGAAGAUGAUUUAUUUUCAACAAUUGAACCAAAUGAUAUUCUUGAUUUACCACGAAUUGAAACUACUGGUCGAAUACCUCGACCUAUGUUUGAAAUCAAUUUGUUACUUAUAAUAACUAAUAUACCCAGAAAGAAAACACCAGGUAUUGAUGAUAUGACAAAAUCUGAAAGUUCAUUUGAAAAUAUAACUAAAGUAACUUAUGACAUAAGUCCAAAUGAAUACGAUUUUAAAAAUGCUACACGUGAUAUAAUUAAUGGAUUAGAAACAUCUGUUGGUCAAAUAUCUAGUCUUUGUGAUCAUCCAACAUUAAGAUUAUUUUCUAGUUAUCCAAAUUAUGAUCCAUCAAAUCCAAAAGCUCGAACACCAAUUCAUGUAUCAGAAAUUCGUUGGCCAGAUGUUGAUUUUCUUUUUGGUGAUGAUGUUGAUCAUCAAGAAAUUAUUCUUGAUACAUUACAUACAGUUAAUCGAGCUUUAUCUGAUGUUCAAAUUUUUGUUAAACGAUAUCAAAAAUAUUGUGAUAUGGUUCUUAGUUGUAUUCAAUUAAAUAUUGAUGAAAGUCUUAAACGAAAAGAUUUAACAACAGAUGAUUUACAAUUUCUAAUGGCUAAACAUACACAACAAUUAGUUAAAAUAGAACACAUGAUUGUUCAACAACGUGUUGGACUUAUUUUACUAAAAGCACAACAAUUUCAUGAUGCAACAGUACCUUAUCCUCAACAUAUAAUUGAAGCUAUUGGAACAUAUUUACCACCUGUUGCUAUUGAUAAAAAUGAACGAAUGCAAAAAACAAUUCGAGAAGUAUUGAAAUUAUUAGAUCGUGAUCCAAGAUCAGUUGAAGAUUUUGUUCAACAUAUAGCAACAUUAAAUAAAGUUAAUAGUGAUUUAGGAAAUUUAGAAGUUGAAUUUGACACAAUAUCAAAAAUGUUUCAUAUUAUUAAAGAUUUUUCAAUAAAUAUUGCACCUGAAGCAUAUGCUUUAUAUCGUUCUUUAGCACCGAUUUAUCAUCAAUUAAAAUCAAGUUUACUUUAUACAGAAGCUCAAUGUGAUGAAAAUGUACAAAAAUUUACUGUUGAACUUGAUGAUAUGAUACAACGUUUAUAUGAUCAAACACUUGAUCUUAAAGCUAAAUCAAAAGAUUCAGCUUUAUUAACAAAUGAAACUCGUACUGAAACAGCAUUAGAUAUUAUUGCAAUUUUACAAGAAACAUUAUCGAAAAUAAAUGAAAAAGCAAAAAAUUAUACAGCUUUUCAAGAACGUUUUAAUCAAAUUAGUAAACAAUCAACAAAAAAACGUGUUUUAGCUGAUUAUCAAUUAAAAAAUAAAUAUCAUCGUUAUAAUGUUACAGUUAGUCUUCAAACUGUUCAAAGUGAAAUAAAUGAUAUUGAACAAGAUAUUAAUUUACGUAAACUCUUAUGGGAAUCUCAACAAAAAUGGACUAAACUUUAUCGUGAAUGGACAAAUACUGUUCUUGAUGCUAUUGAUAUUGAUCUUUUACAAAAAGAUGUUAAUAAAUUUACACAAAAUAUUUAUAUGCUUGAAAAAGCUUUACCACCUAAUAAUAUUAUACCAUCAUUAAAAGAACGUAUUGUUGAAUUUAAAGCAGCUAUGCCUGUUAUAUUAGCAUUACGUAAUCCACAUAUGAAACAAAGACAUUUUGAUCGUUUACGUGUAUUAAUUGGAAAAGAUGUUAUUGAUGAUGAAAGUUUAAAAUUAAAUAAAUUACUUAAACCUGAAAUAUUACAAUUAACAGAUAAAAUAACUGAUGUAUCAUCAUUAGCAUCAAAUGAAGCAUCAUUAGAAACAAUGUUAAAUAGAAUUAUUGAAAGAUGGAGAUCAUUAGAUUUUCGUGUAUUACCUCAUACAGGUAAAGAUACAUUUAUAAUAACUGGUUUUGAAGAAAUUUUACAACAAUUAGAAGAAAGUCAAAUAACAAUGUCAACAAUAAAAUCUUCAAGAUAUAUAAAUCCAAUUCGACAAUUAGUUGAUGAAUGGGAUAAACGUUUAAUUUUAUUAUCAAAAACAAUUGAUGAAUGGAUAACAUGUCAAAGACGUUGGCUUUAUUUAGAACAAAUAUUUUCUACACCUGAUAUACAAUUAACACAAGAAACAAAAAUUUUUACACAAAUUGAUAAAACAUGGAAAGAAUUAAUGCGUAAAACUGAACAACAACCAAAUGCACUUAAAGCAGCAACACAACCAGGUACAUUAGAAUUAUUACAAACAAAUAAUGCACAAAUGGAAAAAAUUCAACGAGCAUUAGAAGAUUAUUUGGAAACAAAACGCUUAGCUUUUCCUCGUCUCUUUUUUCUUAGUAAUGAAGAUUUAUUAGAUAUUCUCUCGCAUUCAAAAGAUGCAAAUUGUGUACAACCACAUUUACGUAAAUGUUUUGCUAAUAUUUUUCAUCUUCAUAUUGCUAAAUCACCAAUGGAAGUUGUUACAAGUAUGCAAUCAGUAGAAGGUGAAAUUGUAAAUUUUCCAAAAACGGUUCGUCCAAGAGGUAUGGUUGAACAAUGGUUAACUUCAGUUGAACAAGCUAUGUAUGAUGCUGUUAAACAUCAUCUUAAAUUAGGUUUAUCUGAUAUAAAAAAUACAGAUUAUAUUAAUUGGAUUCUUCAACAUCCAGGUCAAGUUGUUUUAACUAUUUCUCAAGUAGUAUAUACACGACAAGUAAAUGAAAAAUUUGAUUUACAAUCAAUGGAAAGUGAUUCUUCACUCAUUCAAAUACGUGAUCAAAUGAUAACAACAAUUAAUAAUGUAUGUUCAUUAGUAUAUUCUAAUGUUGAACAAUCAAAAUUAUUAACUGUCGAAGCAUUAUUAACAUUACAAGUUCAUUGGCGUGAUAUAUUUGAAAUGCUUAUAAAACUUCAUAUUCGAGAUAAAAAUGAUUUUGAAUGGCAAAAACAUCUUCGAUAUGAUUGGAAUGAUAAAGAAACAAAUUUUCAAAUACUUCAAGGUGAUGCAAGUUUUCUUUAUGGUUAUGAAUAUCUUGGAUGUUCAAGUCGAUUAGUUAUUACACCACUUACUGACAGAUGUUAUUUAACAUUAACUGGUGCAAUUAAACUUAAUCUUGGUGGUGCACCAUCAGGUCCGGCUGGAACAGGAAAAACGGAAACAGUUAAAGAUUUAUCAAAAUCAUUUGGAAAACUUUGUUUAGUAUUUAAUUGUUCUGAUGAACUUGAUCAUAAGACACUUGGGAAAAUGUUUAGUGGAUUGGCGCAAUCAGGAUCAUGGUGUUGUUUUGAUGAAUUUAAUCGUAUUGAUGUUGAAGUAUUAUCUGUUGUUGCACAACAAUUAUUAACAAUUAAAACAGCGAAAGAUGCACAUGCUCAACGAUUUACAUUUGAUGGUCGUGAAAUUAAGAUGAAUUUAACUUGUGGUUUUUUUGUUACUAUGAAUCCAACUUAUUCUGGUCGUUUUGAAUUACCUGAUAAUUUAAAACCUAUGUUUCGACCUAUUGCUAUGAUGAUACCAUAUUAUGCACUAAUUGGUGAAGUCAUUCUUUUUUCUGUUGGUUUUACAUCAGCAAAAGUUCUUGCAACAAAAAUUGUUUAUUUAUAUAAUUUAUCAAAUAGUCAAUUAUCUCAACAAGAUCAUUAUGAUUUUGGUAUGCGAGCUAUUAAAGCUGUUCUUUUAAUGGCUGGUGAAAUAAAACGAUCAUAUAUUAAAGAUCCAAAUUUAACUGAUGAACAAUCAGAAGAAGGUAUAAUGUUACAAGCAUUAGUUGAAUCAAAUCUUCCAAAAUUACUUAAAGAAGAUUCAAUUCUUUUUCUUGGUAUUCUACGUGAUCUUUUUCCUCAAGCUGAUAAAAAUUUACAUGAACAUGGAAAUAUUCAACAAGCUAUACGACGUGCUAUUAAAGAUUUAAAUUAUGAAUAUUGGCCUACACAAGCUGAUAAAGCAUUACAACUUUAUAAUCAAAUUGUUCUUCGACAUGGUACAAUGUUAGUUGGUGGAGCUGGCGGUGGCAAAACUGUUGUACGAAAUAUUCUUCAAAAAGCAUUAACACUUUUAUCUCAUAUAGCAAAAGAAGGAGCACAAAGUCGAACAAGUCGAUCAGCAACUGUUGAUGUAACAGUUUUAAAUCCAAAAUCAAUGCAAAUAACGGAACUUUAUGGAGCAAUUAAUUCUGAUACAUUAGAAUUUUCUGAUGGAAUGCUUGCUACUGUUAUGCGAUCAUUUUCAAAAACUCAAGAAUCCCAAAUGACUAUGGAGAAGACUGAACAUCAUACUGAUCAUUGGCAAUGGUUAAUUCUUGAUGGUCCAAUUGAUACUUUAUGGGUUGAAAAUUUAAAUACACUUCUUGAUGAUUCAAAAAUACUUUGUUUGGCUAAUGGUGAACGUAUUGGAAUGUCGGGACAUACACGAAUUUUAUUUGAAGUUGAUUCAUUAGUAAAUGCAUCACCAGCUACUGUUAGUCGUUGUGCGAUGGUUUAUUUAGAUCCAGUAGAUCUUGGAUAUAAACCUUUUUUAAAUCAUUGGUAUCGAUGUAAAUUACCUACUGCAUUACCACAGAGUGCAAAUGAAUUUCUUCGAGAAUUAAUGGAUUUUUCAUUAGAUAAAGGAUUUGCUUUUCUUAAUGAAUUGAAAGAUCCAUGGCAUAUGCCAGCAUCAAAAGUAAAUGUUUUACAAACACUUUGUUAUUUAUUAUCAACAUUUUUAAAUUAUUUGGAUAAACAUGGAGGUUUUGGUGAAGAUGAUCAACGACUAACGGCACCAGCAACAAACAAUCCACAAACAACAUCUGGCUCGAAAUAUUAUACGCCAAAUGACGAAUUAGUUGUUUAUAUACUCAAUGAUAAAAAACAAUAUUAUUUACAAAAAAAUCCUAAAAAUCUUCGACAAUGUUUUAUACGUAUUUAUAUAUUUUGUUAUGUUUGGAGUUUUGGUGGUGGAUUAAAACGAGAAGAUAAUUUUGAAGAUGAUAAUUUAAUAAAUCAAAAAGAACAAGUUAAAAUUGAUCGUGAUCCAACAACACAAGAAUUUGAUACAUUUGUUCGUGAAUUAUUUUCUUCUAAUAUAAAUUAUUCAGUUUAUUUACCACCUGAUGCACGUAUGAUAUUUGAUUAUAUGAUAGAUUUAAAUACAUUUGUUUAUCAUGAAUGGGAAUCACUUGUACCUAAAAGUGAACAAUUAAUUAAAAAUGAAAAUUUACAAUAUGUUAUACCAACUGUUGAUAUUAUUCGUUAUUCAUUUUUAAUAACAGCUUUACUUAUACAUAAAAAACCAGUUCUUUUAACUGGUAAUAGUGGUGUUGGAAAAACUUUACUUAUUGAAGCAAUGCUUCGUUCAUUAACAUUACCGAAUGGAAAUUUUGUUCGUCCAGGUACAAUUUUAGGUGAUAUCUUAGAAUAUAAUGCUACGAAAACUUCAACAACAACUAAAUUAGCACAAAUAGGAGAAUUACCUGUUGAAAAUACAGAAGGUGGUGCUUUACAAUCUCUCAAAAUACAAAUGAGUGCUCAAACAACACCAAAUAAAUUCGUUAAUCAAUUAACAAGUGGUUUAAUAAAAAAAAAUGCAAAUCUACUUGGUUGUCCACCAGGCAAAUGGUUAUUAGUAUUUAUUGAUGAUUUAAAUAUUCCACAAGUUGAUUCAUUUGGUGAUCAACCAACACUUGAAACAUUACGAUAUAUUUUACAAACAGGAUCAGCUAUUGAUGCAAAAAAAAAUCAAAUACGUCCAAUAUCUGAUUUAACAUUUAUAACAGCUUGUGAUUCACCAUCAUCAGGUCGUUGUGUACCAUCAAAACGUUUACUUCAAUCAUUUUCAAUAUUUGCAUUACCUGAUCCAGCAGCUAAACAAUUAUUUCAUAUAUAUACUGUUCGUCUUGGUCGAUUUUUAAAUAGUUUAGAUUUUCCAGUUGAUGUACGUUCAUCACUUUAUUUACUUGUAUCAGCUUGUCUUGUUAUGUAUUAUCGUGUUUCAAUUAAUAUACUUCCAACACCAUCAAAAGUUCAUUAUAUAUUUAAUUUAAGAGAUUUAGCUAAACUUUCACAAGGUAUUAUGCAAGCAUCACCAAAAAAUAUAACUAAUCAAGAUUCAUUAGCUAUAUUAUUUGCUCAUGAAUGUUUACGUGUAUUUGCUGAUCGUUUAGUAACAGAAAAUGAUUUAAAUAUUUUUUAUAAACAUUUAAAUGCAACAAUGUUAAGUUAUUUUAAAAUAUCAUUAGAUAUAUCAAAAUAUAUUGAUAAUCCAUUAUUAUAUUGUAAUUUUUUAAAAUCAGAUGAUCGUUUAUAUCAACAAUUACAUGAUUGGCAUCAAUGUUGUCCUAUUUUUUUGGAUUAUCAAAUGAGACAUAAUUUAAGUGAACAUUCAACACUUAAUAUGGUAUUUUUUAAAGAAGCUGUUGAACAUGUUUUAAGAAUAUGUCGAGUUUUACAACAACCAGGUGGACAUUUAUUAUUAGUUGGUCUUGAUGGUACUGGUAGAAAAACAUGUUUACAAUUAUCAGCUUUUAUUUCUGGUCAUUUUAUGUUUCAAUUAAAUAUAAAACGUGGAUAUUCAUAUCAAGAUUUUAGAGAUGAUUUAAAAAUUGUAUUCAAACUUGUUACACUUCAAAAUCGGCCAGUAGCUUUAUUCAUUCAAGAAAAAGAUUUAUUAUUCGAUAGUUUUAUCGAAGAUAUUGAAAGUAUUCUUAAUUCUGGUACUGUGGUUGAUUUAUUUGAACCUGAUGAAUUUGAUGCACUUACAAUGGAUCUUAAAAAUGAUGCAUAUUCAUCUGGUAUGAGUGAUACACAGAGUCAACUUCAUGAAUUUUUUUAUCAACGUGUUCGAACUAAUCUUCAUAUAAUUCUUUCAUUUUCACCAGCUGGUAGUAAAUUUCGUGAAAUAUGUCGUUUACAUCCUGCUUUACUUAAUUGUACAAGUAUUGAUUGGUUUACAGAAUGGAGUGAAAUAUCAAUGAGUGAAGUAGCUGAUGUUUUUCUUGAAACAGUUGAUUUUAAAAUUUUAUCAUCAGAUAAUGAAACUAAUAAUGAGAAUGAUUUUCGUCAUCGUUUAGCACUUUGUUGUGUUUCUAUACAUAAAAUUGUUAUUGAAAUAGCAAAACGUUUUUAUGCUGCACAUAAACGAAUUUAUUAUUUAACACCAUCAUCUUAUAUGGAUUUAAUGAAAACUUAUGGUAUAAUGAUGACACAAACAAAACAAGAAUUUCUUACAAGUUAUAAUCGAUUAUCAUCAGGUCUUGCAAAAUUAUCUGAUGCAAAUGCUAGUGUAAGCAUUAUGCGUGAUGAACUUGCUGUACUUGGACCACAAAUUGAUGCUAAAGAAAAAGAAAUUGAACAAUUAUUAAAUCAAUUACAAAAAGAUCAAAUAGCUGUACUUGAAGUAAAAGAAAUUGUUGAAAUUGAAGAGCAAAAAGUUCGUGAAGAUACAAAUAUGGUUGAACGAUACGCUACACAAGCUGAACUUGAUCUUAAAAAUGUUAUACCUGUAUUAGAUGAAGCUAUGGCUGAUGUAUCACAACUUGAUAAAGCUGAUGUAGCAGAAGUUCGAGUUUAUCAAAGUCCACCAUAUCAAGUUAUGAUGGUUAUGUGUGCUGUUUGUGUUCUUUUACAAAGUAAACCUGAUUGGGCAACAGCUCGACAAGUACUUGGAGAUUCAGGUUUUAUUAGUCGUUUAACUAAUCUUGACAUAAAUCAUAUAUCUGAUCGAACAUAUCGAAAAUUAUUACAAUAUUCACGUCAUCCACAAUUUACACCUGAACUUAUUGGUAAAGUUUCAUCAGCAUGUCGAUCAUUUUGUAAAUGGGUUCUUGCUAUUCAACGUUAUUAUGAAGUCUAUCGAACAGUUAAACCAAAAGAAGAAAAAUUAAAAACAGCUAAUGAAGCAUUAGAUGUUAUGCGUAAAAGUUUAAAUCGAAAACAAGAAAUGCUUAAACUUGUAAAAGAUCAUUUACAAGAAUUAGAAGAUAAAUAUCGAAAUAGUAUUGAUGAAAAACAAGCAUUAUAUGCACGACGUGAAUUAAUGAAACAACGUAUGGCACGUGCACAUGAAUUAACAAAUGUUUUAGCUAUUGAAAAAGUUCGUUGGCAAGAACAAUUAACACAACUUGAACAACAUGUACGUUCAUUAAUUGGUAAUGCAUUAUUAUCAGCUGCUGCAAUUAAUUAUUUUGGACCAUUUAAUAGUGAAUUUCGACAUGAACUUAUGAAAAAUUUUCAACAAGUUCUUAAUAAUAAUAAUAUAAAUUUUUCAAUUGAUUUUAAAUUAGCAUCUAUUUUAUCAACACCAAGUGAAAUAAGAAAUUGGAUUAGUCAACAAUUACCUGAUGACGAAUGUUCAAUUGAAAAUGCUGUUCUUGUUAAACAUUGUACUAAAUGGCCAUUAUUAAUUGAUCCACAACGACAAGCAAUUCAAUGGAUUCGAACAAAAGAAGCAGAAAAUAAUUUACGUGUAAUAACAGCUGAUGAUUCAACAUUAUUACGUGUAUGUGAACAAUGUAUUCGACUUGGUUUACCAUUAAUUAUUGAAAAUGUUGGUGAAACAAUUGAAUCAUCAUUAUUACCAUUACUUGAUCGUGAUUUAUUUAAACGAACAAGUUCAACUAUUGGAACAAUUCGUUUUAAUGAUAUUGAUAUUGAAUAUAAUCCAAAUUUUCGUGUUUAUUUUAUAACACAAUUAAAUAAUCCACAUUUUUUACCUGAUAUUUGUAUUCGUGUUACAUUAAUUAAUUUUACCAUAACACAAAAUGGUUUAGAACAUCAAUUAUUAAGUCUUGUUGUUUUAAAUGAAGAACCACAUUUAGAAUAUGAACGUAAAGUAUUAUUAGAAACUAUGGCACAAGAUUUAAAAAGUUUACGUGAUUAUGAAGAUCGUACAUUAGAAAUGUUAACAACAUCUGAACAACAUUUACUUGAUCGUCAUGAUCUUAUUGAUAAUUUAACACGAUCAAAAAUAACAAGUGAUGAAAUAUCAAAUCGUUAUCAUGAAAAUGAAUCAAAUGAACGACAAAUAAAUUUAGCUCGUCAAUGUUAUGUUUCAUUAGCUAAACGUGGUUCAUUACUUUAUUUUCUUAUUAAUCAUUUAUCAAAUUUAAAUAUAAUGUAUCAAUUUUCAUUAACAUGGUUUCAACGUACAUUUCAUUCAUGUAUAUUAGAUCAUGAUACAACACGUCGUAUGAGUAUGACAAAUUUAUCAAAUGAUUUAGAUCCUUUACAACGUUUGACAAGACAACGUCGUGCUAGUUCAUUAUUAAGUAGUUUAAUUAGUUCACCACGACAAAGUAUUAGUGAAGAAUUAACACGUGAACAAACACCAAUAAAUCCAAUAAAAACAAGACGUAAUACAAAAUCAUUUGUAUCAACAGUAACACCACAACAACGUACAGCUACAUUACGUCUUAUGGUUGAUCGUUUAACUUUUACAAUAUAUCAACUUGUUUCAUGGAAAGAAGAACAUCACCAACAACAACAAAAAACAAAAUUAUCAUUUAUUACACGUAAUGAAUGGACUUGUUUUAUGAGUCCACUUUUAAAUACUAUAAAUGAAGAUAAAUUAACAUUUGUUAAUGAUUUAUUACCAUCAUUAUAUUCUCUAUGUCAAAAUUUAUUACAUGAUAUUAAUCAAGAAUUUUUUAAACAUUCAAAUCCUUAUUUAUAUUUAACUCGACAUAAUAAUUAUAGUCGUUUAUCUCGUUUUCAAUGUAUUUUACUUAUAAAAAUUCUUCGUCCUGAACUUUUACUUCCAUCAAUUUCACAAUAUGUUGCUGAACAAAUGGGUAGUAAAUUUUUAUCAUCAGGUUUUGCUGAUAUACAAGAUAUUUAUACACAUUCAUCACCACAAGCACCUAUUAUUUUACUUCUUUCAUCUGGAACUGAUCCAACUAAUCUUCUUCUUCGUUUUGCUAAAGAAACACGUGGAAGUGCAUCACAUCUUGAUGUUAUUUCAUUGGGUCAAGGUCAAGGACCUAAAGUUGAAGAAGUUUUAUCAAAAGCAUUAACAUUAAAAGGUCGUUGGAUAUUUUUACAUAAUUGUCAUUUAAGUGCAUCAUUUAUGCCAAGACUUCGAGUUCUUGUUAAUAAUUUUAGUAAACCUGGUCUUGAACUUGAUAGUCAAUUUCGAUUAUUUCUUUCAACUAAACCUGAUAUUCAUUUUCCUCUUGAACUUUUACAACUUGGUCUUAAAAUGACUAUUGAAUGGCCAGUAGGUUUAAAAAGUAGUCUUCUUCAAACUUUUGGACCAACAGGUAUUGUUAAUGAAAAAGUUUAUGAUAAUGAAACAUUAGGUCCAUAUUGGCGUCGUUUAGUAUUUAAUUUAGCUUUUUUUCAUGCUGUUAUACAUGAACGUAAAAAAUUUGGUGCAUUAGGAUGGAAUUUAUCAUAUGAAUUUAAUCAAUCUGAUUUGGAAGUAGCUGUACUUGAAUUAGAAAGUCUUGUUCGUCGUUCAAAAAAUCAAAUACCAUCAUUUGAUGUUUUUUGUUAUCUUGCUGGUUCAGUUAUUUAUGGUGGUCGUGUUACAGAUGAAUUUGAUCGACGAAGAUUAUUACGUAUUAUUGAACGAUUCUAUUGUCCUGAAACAUUAAAAGAAGAUUAUUCAUAUGCAGGAGAUGAGACAUACAAAGCACCAAAUUUAAAUUUAAAUUUUUCUGGUCUUCUUUCAUAUAUAAAUGCUCUACCAGAUUUUGAUGAUCCACGUGUAUUUGGUAUGCAUCCAAAUACAAAUCGAGCAUUAAUGUAUGUUCAAGCAAAUCAAUUAGUUGAUAUGUUAGUAACAAUUGAACCACAAUAUCGAAUGAUGAUUUCAUUAGGUACGUCAUCCGAUAGUGAUACUGCUUGUAUGGCAAUUAUUGAUGAUAUUACAACAAAAUUACCACGUUCAAUUGAAACAGGUUUUGGCCCACAAGCACGUCAUAUUACAUUUGAAAAUGCAUUAAUAAAAAUAAGUGAUAAAUUAGAAAGUAAAUAUCAUGCUUAUUCAGUGUUUUUUUCAUUACUUAAACAAGAAAUUCGUGCAUAUAAUGAAUUACUUGAAUUAAUUCACGCAACAUGUCAUGAUUUACGUCGUGCAUUAGUUGGUGAAACAGUUGUUAGUGAAAUUUUAGAAGAAACUCAACGUACAUUAUUAAUGCAUGAAAUGCCUCGUAUUUGGAAAAAAAAAUCUUAUCCAUCAACAAAAUCACUUCGAGCAUGGAUAGCUGAUAAUCUUGUACGAAUAACAUUUUUUAAAGAAUGGACUCGAUUAAUAGUAACUUAUGUCGAAGAUAAAAAUCCAUCACCAUUACCAUCUAUAUUCAAUAUUGGUGCAUUCUAUUAUCCGAAAGGACUUUUUUCAGCAAUUCUUCAAAGUUCAGCUCGAUCAAUUGGAUUACCUAUUGAUCAAUUAAAAUUUACCUAUCAAGUAUUAGAUAAUAAUGAAGAACGUCAAAUACUCCAAUCAUCGACUUCAAUAAAUGAUAUUGCUAAUGGUAUUACUAUUGAUGGAAUCUAUAUAGAUGGUGCACAAUGGGAUAAUGAACAUCAUCAAAUUGUUGAUUGUACAAGUCAACAACGAACUCAUCGUUUACCACCUCUUCUUUGCAAAUUAAUACCGAAAAGUAUUGAAGAUGUGGAUUCAACAAAUGUUUAUGAAUGCCCGGUGUAUUUAACAGCAUUACGAGCAGUAAGUGCGAGUGAAGCAGCAAAACAUCUUGUUGGUACAAUUACAAUUCCAUGUUCAGAAACGGAAUCAUUUUGGACAACACGAUCAAUUGCUGGUAUUCUUGAAGUUAAUGAAUAA